AUGUCGUUGUCACGAUCGCCCUCUCCCCACCCCGCGGGAGCAGGAUGGUCUAGUCCUGGACUCACCUCGCCCAGUGGUUCGACGACGCCUCACAAUGGUUUUCUGUCGCCAAAUCCUAUAGGUGCCAGCGGCAUCUCCUGGGCCGCCGCCAAAGCGAAGAGCGACGAGGUACGAGGCUACCCGUCCUUUUCGACGAAGAACAGCGGAUUCUUCUCGCGUUCAAGACGCCAGCUCUCCGCCACUUUGCCGCGCUUUCGUUUAGGCUCAGGGUCUCCGAAUGGCUAUGUCGAUAAGGAUGAGUUUGGCCGGGGGCGGCCUCUCUCCCCAGCUACGGGCUGGCGCCUGGGAUUUGGCAGGUCGGUUCUGCGGCGCAGACGAUCGCGCUUGCUCGUGGCGCUGAUCUUUCUUUUGCUGGGCUAUAUGUUUUUCGGAGCGUCUCUUCUUCAAAAGUAUCGGCGCUCUCCACUAGGCGGUGGGCGCAAGUUCGUGAUCAUACUAGAAUCUAACAUAGAGGGCGGCGUGAUGGAGUGGAAGGGAGCGCGCGAAUGGGCGAUCGAGCGCAACAGCGUGUGGAACAAGAAGAAUUAUGUUGAGCGAUGGGGCUACGAAUUGGAAACCGUCAACAUGUUGGCGAAGAAGCGGUAUUCGCACGAAUGGCGCGAGAGUUGGGAGAAGGUGGACCUUAUCCGGGAGACGAUGCGAAAGCAUCCUGAUGCUGAAUGGUUUUGGUGGUUGGACCUCAGCACUUGGAUCAUGGAAUACUCUUACUCGUUACAGGACCAUAUAUUCGACCGCUUGGAUGAAAUCAUCUACCGGGACAUCAAUGUCUACAACCCGUUGAAUAUCAGCCAUCCGCCGGACGACGCUUACCUGGACGAGGUGUCUCGAUCGCCAAACGGAGACGGGGAUCCGUCAUCGGUACAUAUGCUACUGUCGCAGGACUGUGGGGGCUUCAACCUCGGCUCUUUCUUCAUUCGGCGCUCCCUCUGGGCCGACCGCCUGCUGGACUCGUGGUGGGACCCAGUCAUGUAUGAACAGAAACAUAUGGAGUGGGAGCACAAGGAGCAGGAUGCGAUGGAGUACCUCUACGCAACGCAGCCGUGGGUACGCAGCCACGUUGGCUUCCUCCCCCAGCGAUAUAUCAACUCGUACCCCCAGGGGGCAUGUGGAGAUGAGAACGACCCGAAUGUCCACUACCAGGAAGAUGAAAGAGACUUUCUGGUCAACAUGGCCGGGUGCCAGUAUGGACGCGACUGCUGGGCCGAGAUGUACCAGUACCGUGAGAUCAGCAAGCAGCUGAACCUGACAUGGUGGGAGCGGAUGAAGGACAAGUUGAACGGCCUUUACGAGAAGCUUUUCCCUGGCGAGGAGCAGCAAGUUGAAUAG